GUUCGGCACAAACUUGGAGGAGACAGUGAUCCGAUCACGGAUCCUGGACACUUUGAGACAACAGGAGGAUCUGAUCCACUUGCGUGUGGACCAGCUGGACGGCCUCGCGAGCCUUUGCGAGGUCAUCGAUCUGCAGCCGGGCUCCACCAUCGAAAGGUCCAGCUACCGUUUGGGCUUCAGCCUGGCCGGCCAGGCCGAGGCAGCGCUGGUCGACAGAGACGGAAAUGUCCGCCCUCCGGUUCAGCUCAGUGCCAGAGGCGAAGUUCUUUAUCCGGAAGAUGCGGACUUGGACGGGGACAGGUCACCUGUGCUCAGGCUAAGACUCGCAACAACGGCGAGGCAGCCGGUGAAAUUGGCACUCUGGUCAGGCCGUCCGGUGGCAGGCUUCUUGGAGGUCGUCCGCCGAAAAAAGCGCGUCAGUUCCAGUCCAGACAUCUCGCCCAUGAGCACCAGCAGCGAGAACCGCGCACGGUCACCCUCCAUGAGAUUAGCUGUACUGUCGGAUGACAAGGUCGGGGCUUUGCGGAAAGUCGUGGUUUUCCGCACCCUGGCGCCGGACCAACUCCACAGGCUAGCCGAAGCAUUGGAGGUAAAGAAGAUGAAGCCGGGUCAGAUAGUGUUCAACCAAGGUGAAAAGGGCCAGGAGUUCUACAUCAUCCAUACGGGCUUGUUGGAGGUGUCCAUAGACGGCCGCAAGGUGCGCACGCUUGGCAUGGGAGACUAUGUCGGUGAAAGAGCCCUGCUGUUUGAUGGCCCUCGCACUGCAACGGUCAAAGUCGUAGAGGACUGUGAGCUUUGGAUGAUGGACUUGGAUGACUUCAACCAGGCUGUGCAGGGUCCGAUCCUGGAAUACAUGAAGGCGAGAAUCGGCCUCCAGAACACCAAGAUCGACCUAAAUUCCUUGACGUGCCUUCGCGUGAUCGGAAGAGGAGGAUUUGGAGUUGUAAAGAUGGUCCAGUCGAAGACCAGCGACACGAGGUAUGCCUUGAAAUGCGUCAGCAAGAAGCAGGCUGUCGAGCAGAAGCAGCAAAAGGCGCUUGCGCAUGAGAGAAACAUCCUAGCAGAACUGGACCACCCCUUCAUCAUCAAGUUCGUGCGCUCAUUCAACAGUCCUCGGCAUGUGUACUUCCUCACGGAACUCGUGACGGGAGGGGAGCUUCUGGACGCUCUGGAUGCUCUAGGCCUUCUCCAAGCACCGCAGGCACAGUUCUAUUCCGCGUCAAUCAUACUGGCUUUGGAGUUCCUUCAUGAGCGAAGGAUAGCGUAUCUUGAUCUCAAAGGGGAAAAUUGCCUCAUCGACCAGCAUGGCUACCUGAAGAUUAUUGAUUUUGGAGUAGCCGAGCGGAUUACCGAUGGUCGCAUAUAUGCUGUGAAGGGGACGCCGCUCUUCAUGGCACCAGAGGUAAUACUGGGGAAGGGCCAGACAACAAGCGAACGGAAACAUGGCUGGAGACAGACUUGCGAGGACUUCAUGGUCGGUUCGUUUCCGUUCGGGGACGAUCAGGCAGGAAACGCCGAG